UCAGAGCACAUCAGCUGCCGCUCCUGUGUUUCUUCUGGACUUCUGUCUAAGCGCCGUUUAUCGACCUUUUUACCCGACAGGCUGCGAUGACCCGGAUCUAUCAGUAACGAGUCCACCACACGAGCCGUCAGCUGAAUACUGCACCACGGUCUGAGUUCAGUGUAGAGGUAAGAGUGUGUUUGGACCUGAGAGAUGGCUCUGUUAAUGGAGCACCAGUUUAGACAGCUGCCAGCUGACAGACAGGUGGAAACAAGACCGUUUCUGGAGGCUGUGUCAUACCUUCCACCGUUCUUUGACUGCCUUGGCUCUACGAUUUUUGCACCAAUUAAGGCUGACAUAUCUGGUAACAUCACAAAAAUCAAGGCAGUUUAUGAUACCAACCCGGGACGGUUCAAGACACUCCAGCAGAUUUUGGAGGCAGAGAAGGAAAUGCAUGGAGCGCAAUGGCCUAAAGUUGGAGCGACGUUGGCUCUUAUGUGGUUAAAAAGGGGUCUUCGUUUUAUUCAAGUCCUCCUCCAGAGCCUGGUGGAUGGCGAAAAGGAUGAAUGCAACCCAAACCUCAUUCGAGUCAAUGUCACCAAAGCCUAUGAAGUAGCCCUGAAAAAGUAUCAUGGCUGGUUUGUGCAACAGCUCUUCAAGGCGGCUCUGUUCGCUGCUCCGUAUAAGUCCGAUUUCCUGAAGGCCCUGUCCAAGGGUCGGGACGUCAAGGAAGAGGAGUGCGUGGAAAAAAUCAAAAAAUUCCUCAUCAACUUCACUGCCACCGUUGAUGCUAUUUAUGAGAUGUACAAUAAGAUGAAUGCUGAUCUUGAUUACACAGUGUGACUGCAGGACAUUCCCCUUUACUCCAGCGAUCCACUCGGUUUACCAAGUCAUUUACAUUCUGGAGACUGCAGCUCUGCAGUCUACAUCUCGACACAGCUCCCCUCCAGGUCAUCUGACAGCUCACUGCGGGAGUGUAUUUAUAAAACUGUGUUGCUACACAUCAAAAUGUUUGCACUUUUGAUCAUCUGCGUGCCUCUUCUGGCUUUCUCAGUGUGCCUUUUCCCGACACUGUUGUUUGACUCUGGGGCACAACAGUUGCGGUUUUAAACUCAGUAUGCUUGAAGAGUCUGGUUUCUUUACAGCAGCUGUUCUCAAACUUUUUCACAUCAAAGACCCCUGAAGUGACACAAAUUAGACCACAAACAAACUGUGUAUGAAAUCCACGACCAAAAUAGUCACACAUUCUCUCAUAGAGAAAACAAAUUAUUCUUUCAUCUUGUUGCUGGGGACACCUGGAAGCCCCUUUUAUUACCACGUUUGUGUGCAUAACCAUACGUAACCUACUCUCAAAACAGUGAUAGUUAAGAAUCAAAGUUAUACUCAGUCAACAAUGGUUUUUGAAACCUCACAGAAGGUUAAAGUAAAUAAGUGAGUCUGAUGUUGACAGAUUUAAUGAGACACAUAACUAUCAAAACUGAAUGUUAUGCAAAAAAGUAGUCUUUGUUACAAUAAUUUGUACCACAGUGAUUCAGAGACUUUUUUCUUUCUUUUUGCUUUCGUGUUAUAACUAUAGAGACAUUUUUAAAAUUUGAAAUUCUUAAAUUAGCAUUAAAGUCUUUGACUUGUUUCCCAGCUUCAGAUUUUCAUCACAAUGUAGUCUUUUAAAUUUUUAUACAUGUCACUUUCUAUAAACCAGUCAGGCUAAUUAGAAGCAAAUGUUCAUUACUACUUUAUACUUCUGUGCUAUGCAAGGACUUGAAUAUGCAUUUUUACUGUUCUUCCAAAGCAAGUGCUCCUCUGUCCACUCUGCUCUCAGGUGCUUACAUAAAACUGAAUGUGCAGUUUCUUUAAACCUCACGAUUGAGGGAAUAUAAAGUUCCCCUUCUGGCAAAGCUAGCUUAGAUGUCAGAUGUGAUAUUUUCACAACAUACUGACUACAAGUUAUAUUGGGUUCUUUAGUAAAUCCAUACCGUUUUGAGUACAUGUUUUAAAAUGCUUGUCUGAUGUCUCUUGUGGCUUAAAAUAUGUUGCAGUGUGUGUGUGUAUAGUGAAAAAUAAUUACUCUUGUAUUUUCAACUCAUGUAAAAAGUUAAUUUGCAAUAAAAAAAAAAGCAUCAUGUGGAACAAA